AUGGCCACAACAUCACCACACUUUUUAAGACCAUCUCAUUUUGUUUAUAGAACUCCUCAAUCAGAAGGUCACUUUACAGAUCUGGCCACAGUUCAAAAGGUGAAGGUUAUACAAGCUGAUUUCACUAAAAAUUCAGUGCAUGAGAACAUUGAAAAAGAUCWGAAAGACUUAGAUAUUGGUGUUCUGGUUAACAAUGUUGGGAUUCUUCAUAAUACUCUUCCAUGCCAUUUCCUUAAUGGGCCAGACAUAGAAGAAGACCUUGACAACUACAACACUAUUUCUGUUACAAAGAUGACAAAAAUAAUUUUGAAGCAGAUGCAACCAGGGUAUUUUUUCUAUAAUUCUGAAUAGCUUUUGGUUUCUACCUCCAGUAUCUUUAAAGGUAGUUAUGCUUUUUCAUUAUUAAUUUCUGGACUUGAAAGUCUGUCAAUCAGUAAGAUUUCUUCUCCUGAURUUUGUGCUAUGUGAGUAUAUGUAUAGGGACUCUCACAAAUUGUCCAUCAAUUGAAGAGCGAGGCAGAAAACAAGAAAUAGAGAUCUGUGUCCAGUUAAAAACCCAUGGCAGAAAUAAAAUGGGAAGUGAUGGCCCCAAUCUGGCAAGAAACAGCAUUUUAAUGUAUUAUCCUAUUCUUCUAAGAGUGGUAGCUGAGCUUGAAAAAAUGCUUUUUAAGCUCUGGAAAUAACCAUAUUAUUAAUCAGAGACAUUACUUCACCUAUGCAGUUAAGGAUCUCUUCUGUUUUUAAUGCUAUGUUUGUAUUAGACAUUGGGUCCUUAAACUAGAAGUUAGGAUCUUCAAAUGGAUUUUCUAGAAAACAUUGUUAAAUAUUGCAUUUUAGARGCUGGUUUUUAUUUUGGCAACAAAAUUACCUCUUACUGUUUAAUUUUUGCUUUGU